CGAAAUGAAUUUCGUGUGCAUAUACUGAUAUCUGACAAGAUGAAUUCCUAGAGUCUUUCGCUAGUUUUAUUCUAACAGAUAGCGCAUAGAGCGAGCUGCGGAGGGCUUAAUCUCUAGCACCUAUUUAUAUCACUCGACAAUUUUGUACUUAAUUCACCAUCCUGUAUAUGUAUAACGACGUCAAUGGGACGAAGCGGGUUUAGUUUUAUGAGAUAUUACGUAGUUGCUCGCGUAACUGACACUUCGAACAGGUUGUCGUCGAACGUUGUUUUCCCAGUGAUUUGAAACCCACUGAAAUGUUUGGGAAAUCCGCACCAGUUGCCAUCGGUCACAUUGAUAAUUAGAUCAUGAAGCGCUAUUAAUAGCGGCUAUAAUUUUUAAUUACCUACGGAUUCAUACUCGCAGUCUGUACAACAAUCAUGUCAACUAGCAGUCAAGACUGGCUCGACGCACUGUACAUGCAAAACGUGUUACGAAAUUAUGAAAAUGACGAUUCCAUAGAAGUUUCUGAAAUAAUCGUGAAGCCCGCAACGGCCAAGGGGGACAACUAUGGGAGUGAAAUCUAUCGGGUGGCUGUACAAUUUUCACGUAUAAAAAAUGGCACGAAAAUUGACGAGGAAAAAUCCUUCAUCGCCAAAGUCGCAUUGCGCCUUCAUGCUGAAAUGAUGAUGGAAGUAUUUGUUGCCGAGUUAUCGCUGCUGCACAAAAUUCUGCCAAAAAUGAACAAAAUCGUCGAGGAAUUCUACCCUAACGGGACUCCGAUGAGCCCACGGUGUUUGCAUGUUCAGUACGAAACCCCGUGUCACGCGAUAUUGGAAGAUCUGGCGACCCUUGGCUUCCGGAUGGCUGAUCGUCGAUCGGGAUUGGAUCUCGACCACGCUUUAUUGACGAUGAGAAAUCUGGGUAAAUUUCAUGCAAGUUCGAUCGCGCUCAUGGAAAAGGAACCGGGUGUACUGGCGAAUUAUCGAAAGGGUACUUUCCACAAGGAUCAACCGGUUGUAUCUAUGAUGUUAUCCUCGAGUUUGAAAUCCCUCGCCACUGAGGUGGCCAAAUGGCCUGAAUUAUCACCACGAAUCGCUGAAAAAAUUCAAAAUAUCUCCGAAGUAAUAUUUCAAAGAGCAUGUGAGGCUUGCGAAUAUACCGAAGGUGACUUCAUCAUCUUAAACCACGGAGAUUUCUGGGUGAACAACAUGAUGUUCCAUUACGAUGAACGUGAAAAACCGGACGAUCAAAUUUUGCUGGAUUUUCAAGUGUCUCAUCUUGGCUCACCUGCGGAAGACAUUAUCCACUUUUUUAAUACGAGUAUAACUGAGGAUGUUAGAAUUCAUCAUCUCGAUUUGCUGAUACGAGAAUACCAUUUCUCACUUGUUAGUACAAUGAAUCGAUUCAAUUGCAAAACGGCACCGGCAAGCCUUGAAAAUCUCAAUAGCGCCCUGAAAAAACGAGAAAUUUGUGGAGUAGCGGUCAGCAUGGCAAUCUAUCCAAUCAUGAUAAUGGAAAAAGGGGUGGAAGUUGAUCUUUCCGAUGUUCUACAGACCAAGUUCGACAAUCCAGCUCACCGUGGUGAAUUAUUCAGAAAAGUUAUGGCCAGACUUUUGCCGAUAUACGAUAGCAAUGGUCUCUUGGAUUAAUGGAAUUAAUUAUAGAUAACUUGAUUUUAAUGAUUGUAAUUAUCUGAUGAAAUGAAAAAAUAAUGUGUAUAGAUGUCGAAUAUAAUAUCCUGCAGUACGCCGUA